UUUGAAUGUUGUUGGAUACGACGUGUGCUCGAAUAGUUGUUUGCAAAGGCAAGAAAAUCGAAAGCGUGAGAAAAGGUGUUCAGAAUAAGGCUACAGUUAACAUAUUAAAAAAUGAAGCGCAUUAGCGAAGAGUUUGCAACGUUUGCCAGCCUUAAACCAGCCACCAGCUACACAUCAACUUCCCUCCUCGAACCUGUACGCCUGCGCAUUGCAAAGCAGGGUGUCUCAGCAACUGCUCCACAAACCAUUCCACAACUUUUUCGCGAGUGUUGCCAACGUUUUCCAAACGAUCCAGCUUUGGUUUACGAAAACAAAAGCUACAAGAACAACAGCACCGCAAGCGCCUGGACGACAGUCACUUACGAAGAGUACGAGCGGAACGUGGAGAGAGCUGCACUCGCUCUCCUGCAUUUAGGUUUCACACCAAACAACUGCAUCGGUUUUCUGGCCAACAAUUGUCCUGACUGGUAUUUCUUGCAGUUUGGCGCUCUGCGUGUUGGUGGCGUGGUCGCAGGUAUAUAUCUCACUAGUUCAUCAGAGGCAGUGAAGCAUGCACUGGAAACCACGUCAGCUGUCAUAUGUGUGGUGGAUGAUGCCAAACAGUUGGCCAAGGUGCGGGCAGUUAGAGAUAAGUUGCCACGACUGCAGGCUGUAAUACAGUUGUAUGGGUCUUUAGAGGAUGGUUUGACGCAAGAAGCGGGCUACUAUCGUUGGUCGGAUUUGAUGGCAUUGACAUAUGAGCGGCACCUGCUGCAAGUGCUGAAGCGCAGCGAGAUGGAGGUGGCGGCAAAUCAAUGUGCGCUGCUUAUUUUUACGUCCGGUACAACUGGUCUUCCCAAGGCCGUUAUGCUUUCGCACGAUUCCAUCACACUAAGUAUAAAAAUUAGCUUUUCAAUUAGUGGGUGCACUGGGGAUUUCCGUGGUGUAACUAUUUCCUAUUUGCCCAUGAAUCAUAUCGCUGGCCAAAUUUUUGAGAUCGUGAUGCCUCUUCUGAAUGGAGAUUGUGUAUACUUUGCGGGUCCGGAUGCGCUUAAAGGAUCGCUUGAGGAAAGUCUACGAGUCGCGCGGCCUACACGAAUUUUUAGCGUUCCACGAAUCUUUGAAAAAAUACAAGUACAACUACAGAAGGCUGAGGACAGCUCGUCGCUUUGGUGGCGCUAUAUUAUUGCUUGGGCCAAGGGCACGUUAUUGAAUUCCUACAUGAACAACACGGAGCGAAUCAAACCAAAGACAACAAUUAAAUACAUUUUGGCCUCAAUAAUCAUGCAAAAGUUUAAGACUCAAUUGGGUCUUGACCGUUGUGAAAAUUGUUGGAUUGGUAGCGCUCCACUUCCGGUGAAACUAAAAAAAUUCUUCCUGAGCAUGGAUAUACCGGUAGCCGAUAUUUUUGGUACUACGGAGGCUGGUGGUGGCAUAUCAUUUACACAAGGCUACUGCCAUUUGGACAGCUGUGGAAAAAUAUUGCCAGGCGUUGAAGCUAAAAUCGAUAAACCGAAUAGCGAUGGACAAGGCGAGAUCUGCGUGACUGGGCGCUGCAUAAUGAUGGGCUACCUGAACGAGCCGGAGAAAACCAGCGAGGCUAUAGAUGCAGAGGGUUGGUUGCAUACCGGUGACGUGGGAGUCUUUCACAGUGAUGGUUGCAUACUCAUAACCGGACGCAUAAAAGAGAUAAUUAUAACAAAAGGUGGCGUGAAUAUACAACCGUAUCAUGUGGAGGAUCUCAUCAAAGCCGAAUUGCCCUGCUUAAGUAAUGCUCUGCUAGUGGGGGAUAAUCGUAAAUAUUUGACUGCGUUACUGACACUGAAGACUAACAUUGAUGGCGAAACCGGGCUACCGCUUGACACCUUACAUCCAGACACAAUUUCUUGGCUGCAGUCGCUCGGCUGUAACUAUUCUUGCCUAUCGGCAGUUCUUAGAGUUCCAGCUUAUUCUCAAGGCUAUGAUUAUAAGAGAGCAAUUCCAAGCCCCGACCAGAACGUUGUGGCGGCUAUCGAUAAAGCUCGGAUAAGAGCCAACGAAAGGGCGUUAUCGCGCGCGCAGAAAGUACAGAAAUUCGCAUUGUUGCCACAUGACUUCACAGUGCCAACUGGGGAGUUAGGUCCUACACUGAAAUUCAGACGCAGUUUCGUCAUCAACAAAUAUCUCCAUAUUAUAGAUCGAUUGUACAGUGAAGAGAGUUGACUUUCAUGGCCUCACUAUUAUGUAUAUGUACUUGUAGGGGUCUUUGUAUGUUUCUAGUGAAAAACAUAUUUACUAAUUUUUUAUAUUUUAUAAUUUUUAUAUUUUUGUUAGAUACUUGGUUGUAACUAGUUUUAGAGUAGCUUAAUUUCAAGAAAAUACG